AUAUGAAUCUGAUGCAAUAAAUAAAUUCAAUUAUUUUUGUAUUGUUUCCAGGUCGAAUAACGUAAAGACCUGUUUGGCUUCUCAGCAUUUCCAGAAGAGGAAAUUUUCAGAUGGCAGCUUCGAUUCUGAAAGCCGGCGGAGAUAAGAUCGGCACCACCAUGAGAAAGCAAGUGCUAUCCUUAACGGAUGCCGCAGCUGCUAGAAUACGCCACCUCCUAGAACAGCGCCAGCGUCCUUUCCUCAAACUCGGCGUCAAGGCCCGCGGUUGCAACGGCUUAUCCUACACCCUCAAUUACGCCAAUGAGAAAGGGAAGUUUGAUGAGUUGGUUGAGGAGAAAGGUGUGAAGAUAUUGAUUGAUCCGAAGGCACUCAUGCAUGUAAUAGGAACCAAGAUGGGUUUUGUUGAUGACAAACUCAGAUCUGAGUUCAUAUUCAUCAACCCCAACUCUAAGGGGCAGUGUGGUUGUGGAGAAUCUUUUAUGACAAUGAGCAAUUCAGAAGCUGCUAAACGAGGUGGUGGAUCUGGAGUAUAAGAUAUGUUGAAUAACUUCAUGAUGACUGCAUUUACACUGUAAUUCCUUUAUAGAUUCCCAUCUUGGGCAAUGGAAACCUAGGCAAGAAAAACAAGUUUCUGGAUUUAGAGUAGCCUUGUGAAACAUGGAUAAUGUAGUUUUGUCACUUUUGUGUUUUGGAAAUUUUGCAGCGGUCUUACGGUAAUAAACUCUUUCCUUUCUGUUAAAUGAUGUAAAUUGUAUUGUUCUUAUUAAAUAUAUGUAAGAUGAAUAACAAUAAGGUAUCCACAUUGAAAAUGAAUA